GAGCGGGGAAGCGAACCCGGUUCACCAGAUUACGAGUCUACCGCUCUUAACUACUACACCACACUGGCUCUCACUACAACUUCCAUAAUUCUUGACCAUUGACCAUGCUUGCUAGGGUUGAUGGGAUUUGUACUGGAUGGUCAAAGGUUCUCCAGAGCUGCCAUGGAGCUAUCAGGAUCUGGGGGCAAGGCAGGAAGUAGGACGAAAGAACAAGCCCAAAGGGAGGAGCCAAGAGUGAGACCAGACCAUAAGAAGAGCUUUCUUGGAUCAGGCCCAUCUAGUCCAGUAUCCUGUUCUCACAACAUGAGCAACUCAUUGUAAGCCCACAAGUAGGUCCUGAGUCAACAGCGUUCUUCCCACUUGUGGUUCCAAGCAGCUGGUACUCAGAGGCACAAUGUGUCUGACAGUGGGCAUAGAACAUGGCCAAUACAGCUAGUAGCCACUGAUAGCUUCAUCCUCCAGACAUGCAACUCUAUAAUUCUAUGACGUUAGACCUCAGGUAGACCGUGGUGCUCAUUUGGAAUAGGAAGUCCUUUAUACUGCUUCCUGCCACGAAGGGCAAAUGUUUAGCCCAGGAGGUUGGAUCUGGGAAGUUCUUUCCCAUGAGGUUGCAGUUACAUGGCUUAACAGAUAGGGCAGCAGUUCCUGACACAGAGGCAUCAAGCCAACCAUCGUAUGGACGGCCAUCUGCCAUGGAUGCUUUAUCUGAGAUUCCUGCAUUGCAGGGGAUUGGGCUUCUGGGAUCCCUUCCAACUCUGUGAUUCUGUAGUAGCAUGGACAAUGUAUCCUGCGACCCUUUGGCCUUCUGGGCAGUCCACUGCUAUGGACUGUCAGGAGUUCAGGCUACACUUGAGCAGGACCCUGGCAGAGACACAUGCCCAACUGGCAUGUUCCCUCCCUCCUGGUCGAUCAUUCAGGAGCUUCAAAAGCUUUCUUCAGCCCGAACAUCACAGUGACCAAUGCCAACCAACACUGGCACACUUAGGGAUCCACAGAGUUUGCGCAUCUCGCGUGACACACCUCAGCAACUCAGCAUUUUGGCUAAUCUACUUUAUUUACAUAUAAGCACACACGGAGUGCUGCAACAUGGCUCACUCUCUCUCUAGCAUCAGACAGCAAAGAGAAUGAACAACGGACAAUAGUCACGGAACACAGUAACACAAACAUCCUGUCUCCGUCACUUCCCACUCUGUGGAGUCAAAACAUAUACCGUCAUGUGAAAGACAAAAACCCCAUGACUGCAAUCAUGGAGCAGGAAUUCUAACAUGGACAACAAGGCAUGGCUAAUUUGCCCUGGAAGCCCCUCUUACACAAUGGGUCCCGUGUGAUUGGCUGAUUCAACCCCCCUCCUGGAGCCUGAUUGGACUGUUCCGGCGGGCCAAUCAGGUUGCUGAUUCACUUCCUCCUGGAGCAGGAUUGGGCGGCUCCUGCCGACCAAUCAGGUUGCUGCCUUCUAGGAUCCUACCUGCCUAUUGUUCUAGGAUCCAAGCUCAGUACAUAACAAGAAGGGUGAGCUGGUACAGUGCCAACAUACCCGUCUUGCCAAUCCAAUGUUCCUUUUGGUGUUUUUGGACAGUGUCAACCUGACCGCUUUCCUUCCUGACGCUAAAGAUGGGAGGUCAGGGAAACACCACUGCCCUUCCCCCCCAAUGGCCAAGUCGUCCAAAUACACCCAACAUGGGGCUAUUGGGGUCCAUGUCUUGUCUGAGGCUUUCUGCACAGCCCUAACACAUUCAUCCAGUGCUUUACCAACUGCACUGGCUCCCGGUGGAGUACAGAGUCAGGUUUAAGGUGCUGGUUUUUACGUUUAAAGCCCUAUGCGGCCUAGGACCUAGUACCUAUGGGACCACCUCUCCUGGUAUGCCCCUUAAGGUCCACAAAUGACAACAUUUUGGAGGUCCCAAGUCUCAAGGUGGUUAGAUUGGUCUCAACUAGGGCCAGGGCCUUUUCACUACUGGCCCCGACUUGGUGGAAUGCUCUGUCACAAGAGACCAGGGCCCUGCGAGACUUGACAUCUUUCCACAGGGCCUGCAAGACAGAGCUGUUCCGCCUGGCCUUUGGUUUGGACUCAGUCUGACCCUUAUGUUUCCCUCCCCUUAUGGUUUUGAUCUGUGGGCUACUUUUAAAAUGAGGCUGCAUUUUAAAUUGCAUUUUAACCUCUAUUUUAAAUUGGUUCCCCUCCCCUUAUGUUUUUACUGUAAUUUUACUGGUGUUAGCCACCCUGAGCCUGGCUCUGGCCGGGCAGGGCGGGGUAUAAAUAAAAUUUAUUAUUAUUAUAUUAUUAACAAGAAUCUAAUUGUGGAGCUUUCUCGUACUUUGGUGCUAUCGUAUCUGCUUGUUGAUCCUUGCUUGCUUGUUUCAAAAGAUGCCUCUUCCUCCGGACUUCAGGGGAAAAGGGAGACAAACAUCCAACUCAACGUGAGAUGUUCCCUUGAACCAUUCCAAGACAGCAUUAGCCAUUUCCCUUUCUGCCUAUUAACCUGGGAAGCCUUCAAUCAGCUCAGAGAAUUCUCUAUUUCCAGGGUAAUAAUGUAUUGGUUUCAAAAGAAAGAAAAGGAAAGAAAGAAAAGAAAGAAAGAGAAGAGAAGAAAAUCAGUUUAAGAAACUUACUCCAACUUCUAAUGCAAUGAUCUGCCCAUCUUGACAAGUUUUGAACUUCAGGAUACGCUGGUUCAUUACUCAAUUAAAACCCAGCGCAGCUAAGCU